AGAUUAUUUGGUUGAAAAAUAAGUUUCCACAAAUAAGUGUUCGUCUUCUUCUUCAAUAGUGACUUGGGCAACUGCUUCAUCCUUUUGAAUUUGCUUUUGCAAAUUACAGCUUCAUGAACAAGUUGUUUGUUGUUCUUGCACUGUGCAUCUGUUCUUUUCCAACAUUUAUAUGGAGGAUGUCCAUUUUUUCCAUAGUGUUGACAAGGUGGAUAAUUUUUCAAAAAUUUACCGUUGCUUUGAGUUUUGUGUAUGGCUACUAAUACUCCUUCAACCAUGUCAUCUUGCCUCCACAUUAAUUUCAUUCUUCUACGACUUUCCAAAGAUCAAUAGCCUCCAACUUCAUGACCAAGUUGUUUGCAGUUCUUGCACUGUGCAUUUGGUCUUUUCCAACAAGUAUAUGAAGGAUGUCCAUUUUUCCACAUUGCUAUUAAGGUCAAUGAGAUAUACUGGAUACACAUGGUUUUAUACUCAUACUACACUUGUUGCACUCUUUGUGGUGCAGAUUCGAUUCUGAGUAGGAGCAUAUCUCGUGGAGAAAUUCGAGUUCAAGUUUUAAGUGUCUCGGAGUUGUGGUGAGCUGUUUGGUUGUUUCGUGGCCCACACCUCCCUUUAUCUUUUACAUAUUCUGUCAUUUAGUAUUCAGACAGGGUAUUUCUUAUAUUUGAUUUGUCAUUUUAGUAUCAGACUUGCAUUGUAUUAUAGAAGCUCUUGUACUUAUGAUACCAAAUCUUGGGUAGUAUUUUAUCUUUCCGCAGUUGGUACUUAUAAGAGCUUUAUGUUAGAGAA